AAUUUCUUUAAACCAGGAAGUAAAACAAAAAAAUGGCGGGAACCGAUCCACCAAAAAAUCUCCUCUCUCUAAUCCGAGACUUCGCGUCUGAGAAAUCUCAAGGAGAGAGAAGAGUGGUUGGCUUGAAGAAGCAAAUCGAAGAGCUCCCAUCAGAGCUUGAAGCAGUGAAUUCUGAGCUCGAAGAAUCGAAACGUUUGAAAGAAACAACUGAACAAGAGCUUAAAGGCUUCGAAGUUGAAUUAGCUCUGAACGAAGCUUCGAUUCAAGCCCUAGAGGCCAGGAUUGCUUUGAUUCAAGAUGAAAUAUCCACCAUUGGAUCUGAAAUAGAGGACCUUAAGAAUAAAGAGGCAACAUCAAGGAAAUUCCAAGAGACAAUAGAUUCUGGUUUUGAGAACAAAAAUAUUGUUGGCAAUGCAACAGAAGAGGACCGUAAAUUUGUAAAGAAGGAGGUCACUAAAAUUGCUUCAAGAACUAGAGGAUCAGCUUGUCCAAGUUGUUUCUCAAAUAGCUAAAGAGGAGCAAGAAUACCUUGCGGAACAGAAUACCCAAAAGAAGCUUCAGCUGGAGUUGAUUGAAACCGAAAGGCAGGUGUCUUUGAUGGAUGUAAUGAUGCGGGAAACAAAAGUACUAGAGGACUUGACAUGAUAUCCUUAUCUAAUAUGCCUUAGGAACUUCGCAUUGAAAUGUCAUCGAUUAAACAUAAAGUCUUGAUUAAAAAGAAGUAUGUGAAAGAAAUUCCAUGUGCAUGUUAUGCUAAUAAUUCAUACAUCAACAUUAGUAUUAAGUGUGAUUAACACAUCUAAACACAGAUAUACAACAAAUUGGGUUAAUCGCUUUGUAUAUCUGCAAUUUAUACAAGCUGUUUUCCUCACUAGUUAAUUCUCUAUUUCGUUAUCAAGAAAAUAAUGGGAAAGAAAAAAUUCUUGAAACUGAUAACAGUUAGAAGUUGAAAUCCUUUGUUAGUUUACUUAGGUUCUCAUAGGCCUAGGAGUCAAGAAGGUCAUUCAUAUAUGGAUCCUUCCAUUGCUGGAAAAUAUAGAUUUUAUACAUCUCAAUACA